CUCCCUCCUCCCCUUACCAGUCCUCCAACUCUGCCUCAGUUGCUGCGUCUCAAGAUACCGCAGAGAGUUGGUGCCAACUACUCCGCAUUUGGAAUCCUUCGGGAGUCGAGUCGACAGCCUCGAGGAACUGUCCAACAAGAAACCAGAGAAGAUAGUUCUGUGGAUUCUCUAGGAGUGGCUAGAGGGGAGGGGGUGGAGCCAGUGACGUGGGAGACACUUAUCAAGACACUCAGAGACUGCGACCUCUCAGCUCUGGCUGACGAGGUUCACCAGAAACUGCCGUCCUCUCACUCCUGAUUUCGUGUACAUCA